AGUCUCCCGCCAGUUCCCGGGUCACUCGGAGCUCCGGCCGGCAGCCGACCAUCCUGAGCAUGUUCUCCAAAGGGUCCAACAAACGGAAAUCGGAGGAGGUGAACGGGGAAGUGAAGCAGGAGGUGGUGAGCAUGGAGAAGGAGGAAGAGGAGCUGGAGGAGAAGGAACAAGAUGAGAAAAGGAUUAAAAUCGAAACCAAAGAAGGGUUGGAGAUAAAAGAUGAAAUUACUCAGGUUAAAACUACAACACCUGCUAAAACCACCCCUCCCAAGUGCGUUGACUGCAGACAGUACCUCGAUGAUCCCGACCUCAAAUUCUUCCAAGGGGAUCCUGAUGAUGCCCUGGAGGAGCCAGAAAUGCUGACGGAUGAGCGCUUGUCCCUCUUCGAUGCUAAUGAAGAUGGCUUUGAGAGCUACGAGGACCUGCCGCAGCACAAAGUCACCUCUUUUAGCGUCUACGACAAGCGAGGUCACUUGUGCCCCUUUGACACCGGCCUGAUCGAGAGGAACAUUGAGCUGUACUUCAGUGGUGCUGUAAAGCCCAUCUACGACGAUAACCCUUGUCUGGACGGUGGGGUAAGAGCCAAGAAGUUAGGACCCAUAAACGCCUGGUGGAUCACGGGAUUCGAUGGAGGGGAGAAGGCUUUGAUCGGCUUCACCACAGCCUUCGCGGAUUACAUCCUGAUGGAGCCCAGCGAGGAGUAUGCUCCCAUCUUCGCCCUCAUGCAAGAGAAGAUCUACAUGAGCAAAAUAGUCGUCGAGUUCCUGCAGAACAACCGCGACGUCAGCUACGAGGAUCUGCUCAACAAAAUCGAGACCACCGUACCUCCCGCGGGGCUGAACUUCAACCGCUUCACAGAGGACUCGCUCCUGCGACAUGCCCAGUUCGUGGUGGAGCAGGUGGAAAGCUACGACGAAGCUGGGGACAGCGACGAACCCCCCGUCCUCAUCACACCCUGCAUGAGGGACUUGAUCAAGCUGGCUGGAGUCACCCUGGGGAAGAGGCGAGCUGUCAGGCGGCAGGCCAUCCGGCACCCCACCAAAAUAGACAAGGACAAGGGUCCCACCAAAGCUACCACCACCAAGCUGGUGUACCUCAUCUUCGACACCUUCUUCUCGGAGCAGAUCGAAAAGGAUGAGAAAGAAGAUGACAAGGAGAACGCCAUGAAGCGCCGGCGCUGCGGCGUUUGCGAGGUCUGCCAGCAGCCCGAGUGUGGGAAGUGCAAGGCUUGCCAGAACAUGGUGAAGUUUGGGGGCAGCGGACGGAGUAAGCAGGCUUGUUUGCAGAGGAGGUGUCCCAACCUGGCCGUCCGGGAAGCUGAUGAGGAUGAGGAGGUAGAUGACAAUAUCCCUGAGAUGCCAUCGCCCAAGAAGAUGCUGCAGGGCAGGAAGAAGAAGCAGAACAAGAGCCGUAUCUCCUGGGUGGGCGAGCCCAUCAAGAGCGAUGGGAAGAAAGACUACUACCAGAGGGUCUGCAUUGACUCGGAGACCCUGGAAGUGGGAGAUUGUGUCUCCGUCAGCCCCGAUGAUCCCACCAAGCCCCUCUACCUCGCCAGGGUGACAGCCAUGUGGGAGGACAGCAGUGGCCAGAUGUUCCACGCGCACUGGUUCUGCCCCGGCUCCGACACUGUCCUGGGGGCCACCUCUGACCCCCUGGAGCUCUUCUUGGUGGAUGAGUGCGAGGACAUGCAGCUCUCCUACAUCCACGGCAAGGUCAAAGUGAUCUACAAAGCGCCCUCGGAGAACUGGUCCAUGGAGGGCGGGCUGGACAUGGAGAUCAAGAUGGUGGAAGACGAUGGGAGAACUUACUUUUAUCAGAUGUGGUACGACCAGGAGUACGCUCGAUUUGAGUCCCCACCGAAAACUCAGCCCACAGAAGACAACAAAUACAAGUUCUGCAUGAGCUGCACGCGCCUGGACGAGGUAAGGCACAAGGAGAUACCCAAAGUGGCUGAACCCCUGGAAGAAGGGGAUGGGAAGGUGUUCUACGCCAUGGCCACCAAGAACGGAGUGCAGUACAGGGUGGGAGAUGGCGUCUACCUCCUGCCGGAAGCCUUUUCCUUCAGCAUGAAACCCGCCAGCCCGGCCAAGCGCCCCAAAAAGGAGGCGGUGGAUGAGGAGCUGCACCCGGAGCACUACCGCAAGUACUCGGAGUACAUCAAGGGCAGCAACCUGGACGCCCCCGACCCUUACCGCGUGGGCCGCAUCAAAGAGAUCUUCUGCAACAUCCGCAGCAACGGCAAACCCAACGAGGCCGACAUCAAGCUGCGCAUCUGCAAGUUUUACAGACCCGAGAAUACGCACAAGUCCAUGAAAGCCAGCUACCACGCAGACAUCAACCUCCUGUACUGGAGCGACGAGGAGGCGACGGUCGACUUCCGCGCCGUGCAGGGCCGUUGCACGGUGGUGUACGGGGAGGAUCUGACGGAGAGCAUCCAGGACUACUCCGCUGGUGGGCUCGACCGCUUCUACUUCUUAGAGGCUUACAAUGCAAAAACUAAGAGCUUUGAAGAUCCUCCCAACCACGCUCGGAGCUCUGGCAAUAAAGGGAAGGGGAAGGGGAAAGGGAAAGGCAAAGGCAAAGGGAAGUCGUCGGUGAGCUGCGAGCAGAGUGAGCAGGAGCCGGCCGAGCUGAAGCUCCCCAAGCUGCGGACCUUGGACGUCUUCUCUGGCUGCGGAGGGCUGUCCGAGGGCUUCCACCAGGCAGGCGUGUCAGAGACGCUCUGGGCCAUCGAGAUGUGGGAACCGGCUGCCCAGGCUUUCCGACUGAACAAUCCCGGCACUACCGUCUUCACAGAGGAUUGCAACGUCCUUUUUUGGCCCGGCGAGAAGACCAACUCGCUGGGGCAGAAGCUGCCGCAGAAGGGGGAUGUGGAGAUGCUGUGUGGUGGUCCCCCGUGCCAGGGCUUCAGUGGCAUGAACCGCUUCAACUCCCGCACCUACUCCAAGUUCAAGAACUCCCUGGUGGUCUCCUUCCUCAGCUACUGCGACUACUACAGACCGCGGUUCUUCCUUCUGGAGAACGUCAGGAACUUUGUGUCCUUCAAGCGUUCCAUGGUGCUGAAGCUCACCCUGCGCUGCCUUGUCCGCAUGGGUUACCAGUGCACCUUUGGGGUCCUACAGGCUGGCCAGUACGGCGUGGCCCAGACGCGGCGGAGAGCCAUCGUCCUGGCUGCAGCUCCUGGCGAGAAGCUGCCCAUGUUCCCCGAGCCUUUGCACGUGUUCGCGCCCCGUGCCUGCCCGCUGAGGGUGGACGACAAGAAGUUCGUUAGCAAUAUCACCCGGACGUAUUCCGGCCCCUUCCGCACCAUCACCGUGCGGGACACCAUGUCUGACCUGCCGGAGAUCAGGAACGGUGCUUCCGCCUUGGAGAUCUCCUACAACGGGGAGCCCCAGUCCUGGUUCCAGCGGCAGAUCCGGGGCUCCCAGUAUCAGCCCAUCCUCAGGGACCAUAUCUGCAAG